AUGUUUUUACAGCGUAUUCGUGGCGAUCUGAAUUUGGCUGAAAGUACGAUCGGGGUUCAGACAACUCGCAAGACCUUUGAUCCUUUCAUUAUCUUAAAAGCGCGGGAUUUUAUUCGUCUUCUUUCUAGAUCAACGCCUUUGGAGCAGGCCGUUCGAGUUCUUGAAGAUGACAUAUUUGCAGAUAUUAUCGAGAUGCAUUUAAUAAAGAAAAAAAGAUUUAUUAAGCGUCGUAAUCGUCUGGUUGGCCACGAAGGAGAAACCCUUAAAGCUAUAGAAUUGGCCACCGAUUGCCAUAUAACGAUUCUUGGAAAGACAGUCUCCGCAGUUCGAAAAAUUGUAGACGAGUGCAUCCAUGACAAUAUUCAUCCUGCAUAUACCAUCAAGCGGCUUAUUGUUAUGCAAAAACUAGCAAGUGAUCCGACCAAAAAAGAUGUCUCCUGGGAGCCAUUUUUGCCAAAGGCCAAAAAGAAAGCUCUCAGCAAGCGAUGGAAACCCAUAAAU